AUGGGCGCACCGCGGCGAGCAGGCCAGCCCUUCCGCCGGGUUGGCAAGGCGGGCAACACAUCCUACGGGCACAACAAGCGGAAAACAGUCGACGCCGGCUCGUUACGCAGCACCGAACAAACAUCACAGAAUGAGAAGCUCGAGGCCACACGUCUCGCACACCACAUUGAUGAGGCUAUGGGCUUUCCGCGCUUCGAGUCGGGCAAGAAGAAGGUCGGCUGGCUCGUCAAUAUGCGAUCCACUGCGAUAGAAGAUGAGCAUGUGCCGGGCGGGAGAGCGGGUGUGGACUACUACUUCCUUGGCGAGGACGGCGAUACAUUCAAGGCGACGCUGGAGUACGAUCCGUACUUCUUGCUUGCUGUAAAGAAGGGGAAGGAGCAGGAGGUGGAAGAGUGGUGUCGGCGAGCCUUCGAAGGGCUGGUCAAGACAUUUAAGAGGGUGGAGAAGGAAGAUCUGUCCAUGCCUAACCAUCUCACAGGGUACAGGAGAACGUUUCUGCAGCUCAGCUUCGCAAACGUAAACGACCUCCUCGCAGUGCGGAAAGCUGUGGGACCCAUAGUAGAGAAGAACAAGAAGAACGUCAACGCCAUGGACACAUACGCCGAGGUCGCCACAGGCAAUGUGGACAUGGACUUUUACGACAACGACGAUUACGAACACGAGAAACGAUUCACGACCGUUGUUGAUUCCAGCGAUUUCAUUUUAGACAUCCGCGAAUACGAUGUUCCCUACCAUGUCCGAGUGGCCAUUGACAAAGACGUCAGGAUCGGAAACUGGUACACUGUUGAGGCCAAGCACGGCGUUGUCAGCAUGACAUGCAUGGAAGACCGACUUACGCCUGCAGACCCCGUUGUCAUGGCUUACGACAUCGAGACUACGAAGCUGCCGCUGAAGUUUCCGGACGCUGUCAUUGAUCAGAUCAUGAUGGUUUCGUACAUGAUCGACGGACAAGGGUUUCUGAUCACGAACCGCGAGAUAGUGUCGGAGGACAUACAGGAUUUUGAAUACACGCCAAAACCGGAAUACCAGGGGCCGUUCAUCAUCUUCAACGAGCCAGAUGAGAAGGCGCUGAUCGAGCGGUUCUUUGAGCACAUCAAGGAGGCAAGGCCGACGGUCAUGGUUACGUACAACGGAGACUUCUUCGAUUGGCCCUUCGUCGAGGCAAGAGCCAGCGUUCUGGGUAUUGACAUGUACCAGGAGAUUGGCUUCCGGAAGAACAGUGAGGACAUCUACCAGUCGGACUACUGCGCACACAUGGAUGCUUUCGCCUGGGUCAGUCGAGACAGUUACCUACCACAAGGAAGUCGUGGUCUCAAAGCUGUCACCAUGGCCAAGCUUGGCUACGACCCCGACGAGCUGGACCCGGAACUAAUGACACCGUACGCCUCCGAACGACCACAAACGUUGGCAGAGUACUCAGUUUCCGACGCUGUUGCCACAUACUACUUGUACAUGAAAUAUGUCCAUCCCUUCAUCUUCGCUUUGUGCAAGAUCAUUCCGCUGGGUCCGGAUGAUACACUACGAAAGGGUACUGGUACCCUGUGCGAGAUGUUGUUGAUGGUGCAAGCAUAUCAAAAGGGCAUUGUGCUCCCGAACAAGCAUCAGGCACCAAAAGAGGCGUUCUGGGAUGGCCAUCUGCUGGAGUCAGAGACGUAUGUCGGUGGUCACGUCGAGAGUAUCGAAGCGGGCGUCUUCCGCAGCGACAUCCCGUAUGACUUCGCGAUAGAUCCCACAGCUAUUGACGAGCUGGUCCGGGAUCUCGACGCCGCACUGAAGUUCAGUAUAGAGGUCGAAGAGAAGAAGAAAUUGGAGGAUAUUACGAACUAUGAGGAGGUAAAGGAUCAGAUUGUCGAAAAGUUGAUGCAGCUCAAGAACACACCAAACCGCAAUGAACGGCCACUCAUCUACCAUUUGGAUGUUGCGUCCAUGUACCCCAACAUCAUGACGACAAACCGACUGCAACCUGAUUCCAUGAUCCAAGAGUCGAAUUGCGCUGCGUGCGAUUUCAACCGACCAGGCAAAACGUGCGAUCGCCGCAUGCCUUGGGCUUGGAGAGGUGAGUACCUUCCGGCCAAACGGGACGAAUACAAUAUGGUGCGUAACGCCCUGGAAAACGAGCGUUUUCCUGGAAAGUACGCAAACUCCACGACAAGGACUUUCCAAGAGCUUUCGAUAGACGAGCAAACCACGCUGGUCAAGAAGCGCUUGACAGACUACUCGAAGAAGAUCUACCACAAGAUUCACGAUCAAACGACAAUAGAACGCGAAGCCAUCAUCUGUCAGCGCGAGAACCCCUUCUACGUCGAUACCGUUGUGAAUUUCCGUGAUCGACGUUACGACUUCAAAGGCAAGCAGAAACUUUGGAAGGGCAAGACUGAAGACUUGAAGAAGGCCGGAGCACCGGCCUCACAGAUCGAGGAUGCAAAAAAAAUGGUAGUCUUGUUUGACUCUAUGCAGCUGGCGCACAAGGUCAUCCUCAACUCCUUCUACGGCUACGUCAUGCGCAAGGGUUCGCGAUGGUACUCGUUGGAAAUGGCUGGUGUCACUUGCUUGACGGGUGCGCGCAUUAUCCAACUGGCCCGCUCUCUAGUUGAGCGUAUUGGACGUCCGCUCGAGCUCGAUACCGACGGUAUAUGGGCUAUUCUCCCCGCGACAUUCCCCGAGAACUUUGCUUUCAAGAUGAGCAAUGGCAAGAAACUAACCAUCUCGUACCCCUGUACUAUGUUGAAUCAUUUGGUUCAUGAGCAAUACACCAAUCAUCAGUACGAGACGCUUGUCGACCCGCAGACAUUCCGGUACGAGAAGCACAGCGAUAACACAAUCUUCUUCGAGGUCGAUGGGCCGUACAAGGCCAUGAUUCUGCCUACAUCCAAAGAAGAAGACAAGAACUUGAAGAAGCGAUAUGCUGUCUUCAAUCAUGACGGCAGUCUUGCUGAACUGAAGGGUUUCGAGGUAAAGAGACGUGGUGAGUUGAAGCUCAUCAAGAACUUCCAGUCCCAAAUCUUCAAGUUUUUCUUGGAGGGCACUACGCUCGAGGAGACCUACGGUGCUGUCGCAAACGUCGCCAAUCGCUGGCUCGAUAUCUUGGACACACGCGGUGCGACUCUAGCAGACGAAGAGCUUGUCGAUCUCAUUGUCGAGAACAAAAGCAUGACGAAGACACUGGAGGAAUACGGAGCGCAGAAGUCCACUGCUAUCACCACCGCCAAACGCCUUGCUGAGUUUUUGGGUGAACAGAUGGUAAAGGACAAGGGGUUGAACUGCAAAUACAUCAUUUCUUCACGGCCUCGAAACGCUCCUGUCACCGAGCGCGCCAUCCCGAUGUCCAUUUUCUCCGCCGAAGACUCUGUCAAGCGGUACUUUCUGAGGAAGUGGAUGCGUGAGGAUCCUGGCGAGAUGGACAUCAGAAGCAUUCUGGAUUGGGAUUACUACCGUGAGCGUUUGGCAUCCGUCAUUCAGAAGCUAAUCACCAUCCCUGCGGCGCUCCAGAAAGUCAAGAACCCAGUGCCAAGGGUAUUCCAUCCGGAUUGGCUUGCCAAAAGGAUUCGACAGAAAGAAGACAAGUUCCAGCAAACGAAGAUGACGGACAUGUUCACUAAAAGCAAGAAAGCACUCACAAAUGGUGAUGCAAAUAUCGCCAACAACAAGCUUUCCGGCGACUUUGAGGACUUUGGCGCACCCAAGUCGUCGCAGGUCAAGAGGGGCGUUGCAACGAAGAUGGUCACUAAACGGAAGGAGCCCGAGCCUGAUGUCCCCUUACAGACAGAUCCAUACGCGGCAUUGCCCAAGGUCAUGCCAUCCAUCACCGAGGACUACUCUGGGUGGCUCAUGUACCAAAAGCAGAAGUGGAAGAUCCAACGACAAGCGCGGAAGCGCAGACGUCAGCUGUUCGGAGAGAAGCCUGUGGAUGCCUCGGAUGCUAUCGGGACACUGUUCAGGAAUCAAGCAGAGAUGCUGUUCAUCAGCACUUGGCAACUCAUUCAGCUGCGGCCAACGGAGACUCCAGGGGAAGUCAAAGCUUUCGUGCUCAUUGACAAGAAGAUCCAUACACUCAAGAUUGUUGUGCCGCGACAACUAUACCUCAACCUUCGGAGCGAGGAUCUGCCUGAUGUGUCGAUCAGUGGAUGCUCUGUGGAGAAAGUCGUCAACCACACCCUACCGAAUGGACAUCCAUCUAUCCACUUGUUCCAGCUCCAGAUGUCGGAGCAGACUUAUGUUCAGGAAGCCAACACCAUCUCCGCGCUGUUCAAUCACCCCAGUAUCGAAGGUGUGUACGAAAAGCAAGUGCCGCUGAAUAUCCGCGCCAUCCUCGAGCUGGGCAGCACCUGCACAUUUGACGAAUCACAGAAAGGUGUUCUCGGAAGGGGACUAGAGCAAGGUUUCGAUCUAUCAUCCCUCCGGAAGAUUCCCUCGAAGAAGCUGUAUCUCUCUGAUGCUUCGUUCAGCUACCUCUACGUGUACCACGUCAGCAGCGGAGACCGCAAUAUAUAUGCGGUGUUCUCAACUUCGAAAAACGAUGCGCAUAUCAUCAUGCAGAACAAGUCUAAGGACUCUCAGGGCAUGCCAAAUGUCGACAGAAUAUAUGUAGAUGCGCUACAACGUCGCAUGGAAGACAGUCAGGGCGAGCCGUGGCAGACAACGAUCGAGUACCAGGAAAGCAUUCACUUCAAGACCACAGUGGUGACGACGAGACGGAAAUCGUUGCUAGAACUUGGUGAUGUGAUCAAGAAAAUGAAGACUGACGAGGGCAAGCCGGUCAUCGUUGUUAUGCAGUCACCGAACCAGGCGCUGUUGUCCCACGAUAUACCCACGCUGAAGGACCUGCCUAUCUUAUCACUGCAUCCCGAUGAGUCAGACAAGCAGCUGCCUCCACUUGGCUGGCAAACUUUCAUUGCCAAGCGUCUUGUAAGCCAUUAUCUCGAUCUCGGAUCCUGGGCCUCUCACCUCGUGGAGCUCGCACGCUAUGGCGACAUCCCUCUGUGUAACCUUGAGAGUAACGAUCCACGCUUCCUCAUCGAUAUUGCCUACGCCCGGCGUCUCCAGAAAGAGCGGGUCAUCCUCUGGUGGUCUGGCCAAGCCAAACCGGACCAUGCAGGCUACGAAAAAGACGAUAUCCUCGGUCCCUUGGAGACGGUUGACAUGCCAUCCGUCAACAACCCCGGCACAUAUUCAUCGGUCUGCAUCGAUCUGAACCUCCGCAAUCUCGCCAUCAACACUAUCCUCUCAUCGUCCCUCAUCAAUGAUCUCGAGGGCGCAGAUAGCGUAUCCUUCAAUCCUGCAGCACCAUCAUAUGAUUCGGCGAACGACGGCACAAACACAAUCUACUCUGACAACGCGUUUGCAUCAGCUGGCAUCACCGUGCUGCGCGAGAUGGUGAAAGCGUGGUGGGUUGAGGCCGUUAGCGCAGGUAACGGGUACUCCAUGGCAGAUGUCAUGGUGCAGCACCUAGUGCGUUGGGUCAGUUCGCCGGGCUCUUUCCUAUAUGAUCGCUCUUUGCAUUACUACGUGCAGAUGAUGAGCAAAAAGACGCUGCAACAACUCAUGUCUGAUUUCAAGCGCGUGGGAAGUCAUAUCGUGUUUGCAUCCCCCAACCGCCUACUUCUUCAGACAACAAAAGCAGAGGUUGGAAAUGCGUAUGCAUACUCUCAGUACAUCAUUAAGACCAUCAAAGCCAAGCCUCUGUUCCAGUUUAUGGACCUCGAGAUCAAAGAAUACUGGGAUUACCUCGUUUGGUACGAUGCGUUCAACUACGGCGGCCGCGGUACCUCCACAGUUGUUGAGGAAGACAUUCAAACGUUGGACGAUAUCAUGUGCUGGCAACUUGCCUCCUUCCUCCCUCCGAGUCUGCAACCAAUCUUCGAGCAGUGGGUGCUUGAGUUCAUUGACCUCAUGCACGCAAGGAAGCGUCCGCCUCCUGGUCCCGACGGCAGCACACCGCGCGUAACUCAGAUUCCUCUGCGUCCGCUGACCAUCGAUCCGGACGAGAAGACCCAGAUCCUGCCCAAGACGUUCACCAAGGGUCUGUACAAACACAUCUCCACACUUCUGCGCCGCCAACACACGGAGAUUUUGCACCCUGAACUCGCAGCCGACUAUGCAUUCCCAUCUCUUCCAGGCAGCCACUUGAACCUGUCCAACCCGAUGCUGCAGCUGGUGAAGAGCAUAUGCCAGGUACUAAGCCUGGACCGGGCCAUCACACUCGAAGCCCGGCUGCUGCGUAAAGAACUGCUGCACCUCUUCGAGAUCCGCGAAUUCAGCGCCGAAGCCACCUUCGCCAACCCCAGCGCCGCGCUCGUGGUCCGCGGCGUCAUAUGCGACGAAUGCACCUCCUCGCGCGAUCUGGAUUUAUGUCGUGACGCAAGCCUACUGCCCGCUCUCCCCUCAGGCACCUCAGACGCACCCAUUGCGCUGCCCAAAUGGAAGUGCGAAAACCCGGCCUGUCUCGCGCCAUACGAUAAGCUGCGCAUCGAAGAGCAGCUGGUUAGUGAAGUUCAGCGCUUGCUCCUCGAGUGGUGCACGCAGGACCUUAAGUGCGGAAAGUGCAAGCGCCUCAGGUCGAAUGAGUUCAUGGAGCACUGUGCGUGCGCCGGCGAAUGGGUUGCCACCCGCGAUCGAGCAGAGGCUAAGAGGAGGUUGGGUGUGUACGGACGCGUGAGCGAGUUUUACGGACUGAGGAUGCUCGAGGCGGUUGUGCAAGAGUGUUUGGAGGGGUUUUAG